GGAGAAAAUUUCUCUGAUAUAAUGAAGUGCACAGCAAAUGAUCACGUUUAGUCUUUCUCGAAAAGAAAUUGAACAAUUGAUUUUGCCCAAACUAGAGAAAAGUGAACGUUUCAGCAAAGAUUUACUCCCAUUCCACUUCCAAUAUCAAUUUAAAAAGACAUUUGAGUCUCUCCGAGUCAGAUGAAGUCGAUGGGCGUCCUCUUUUUUUUGCGUCGCAUCAAAUAUCCUAUAAUCUAAUUGAUUUUUGAGUCAGUUACUAAAACAAAUUCUACCAAAAUUACAAUUUCAAAAUUAGAAUGUACUCUAUUUUGUCCGCGUCCCCAGAAAGUGGCAGUGUACGCCCCUCGAAUCCGAUCCCCGGUGCAGUCAACCAAAUGUUCCUGCAUCUUGCCGACUGAGUGCACGUUCGCCUGAUAGCACAACAGGAACACGCAGACUCGACGAAUCCUAUGAAGAGAGAUCAGAUUCGGAUGAAGUUGAUUGUUCGUUAUUUUCUGAAUGUCAAUAGAUUUUGGACUAAGAAAAGAAUAAAUUCUUAUCGCGACAAACGACAAUACAAUCCGAAAAAUAUAUUAUUCAAUGCAUAUUUCAAAAUUAAAUCAUUGCUCUCAGAGACAUAAUCUCACUCGCAAGUGUAAAGUAAAUUAAACAUUGACAAAUUUAUUAUUGGCAUAUAUUCUGGAUUACUUUUUAAAAUGAGAAGGAAAUUCCUCCCACUUGUUGGCCUCUUCCUUGUUCUUGGUUUCCAGCAUGUAAUCUCAGAAUCUCUUCUCCUAAUGGAUGAUCAUUGGGAGUGUGGAUUCUCCAGUGACGAGGAAGAUUUGUGUGCCUCAUAUUGCCAUAGGUCCAUGAAACUCGGUCUAGCUUAUAUGAUUGAGUUGAAGGAAAAAAUCAAAAUACUCGAAGAGCUUCAUUCAGAAAAUGAAAAUAGUCAGCUGAGCAAAACAGUUGAGAAUUUGCAAAGUAAAAUUGAUCAACAGAAUAUACAAAUAGCUAAUAUUAACGAAUUCAUCACAAACUCAGUCAGGCAGAAAGAGGUGGAAGGGAAAGCCAAAUCUCAAACUGAGAUAGACAAUUUGAAGAGACAAGUAGAACAAUUAAAAGAGAGUUUAAGAAAUGUUCAACGUCAAGCAGCAAAAGAUAAGGAAGAAAGCUUAGCUCAACAAAAUAGAGAAAUAGAGAAUCUAAACGAGAAAUUAGCUACCCAAAAAUCAGAUUUAGAUGAAGCAAUUAAAGACCUCGAGUCGAAAAAGAAGGAAUUCGAAGAAUAUCAGACUAAGGAAAAUAAUUCCAACAGCAAAAUUGGAGAAUUAAAUUCUAAUAUUUCAUCCUUACAUAAAAAAUUAGAAGAAUCUGAAACGCAGUUGACUGAUUCGAAUCAUUUACUUGAAAAACAACUACACCAAACUAAGGAAUAUUUAAUCAAGUGUCGAAAGAGAAUACCAACUGCUUGCAAAGGCAUCUCUUCGGGAAUUCAUGAAGUUGAAAUUACCCGGAUUGUUCCGACUUCUGUUCUCUGCGAGGGAGAUAUAGAAGGUGGUGGGUGGAUAGUCAUUCAUAAACGAUUUAAUGGCAGUGUAGACUUUAAUAGAACUUGGACUGAGUAUCGUAAUGGGUUCGGUAACAAGAAAGGAGAAUUUUUUAUUGGUCUGGAGAAUUUGCAUCGUAUUACCAAUUCCCAAACCUAUGAACUUUAUGUCCAAUUGGAAUUUCAUAAUGGAACUUUCCAAUUUGCUGGUUAUGAAAGUUUUAGAAUUGGCAACGAAACUACGAAAUAUAAGUUGGAGUCGUUGGGAGAAUUUAGAGGAACAGCUUAUAAUGCUAUGAAGAUCAAUUUAAAUAAUGCAUUUACCAGUGUUGAUCAAGAUAAUGAUCAACGGGAAGGUUUUAAUUGUGCUCUAAGGUAUGGAGCCUGGUGGCAUAAACAUUGUAGUUUGAUCCACCUCAACGGAAAAUAUUUCAAUAGAGAAGUCGAGGAUUAUUCAAGUAUGAGCUGGUAUAACUGGAUUUCUCUCAAAUCUUUCCAGAUGCUCAUCCGACCAAAACAAAGAUGGACUUCAUCUCAAAAUCAAGGAAAAUCUAAAAUCUUAAUCUAAACUAUGCAACCAUAAAAAAAUUGAUAUUUCAGCAACAAAACAAAUAAUUUUCAAACAAAACUUCUGGACGGAUCCAAUCCUGAGUGGACAAUUUCCCUUUUCUGUUUUGUCUCUUUGUUAGAUGACAAUCUCUGUCUUUCUAAAAGAAUAUUUACUGUAGUUCAAAUGCAAAUAUAAUCUUUC